AAUGCUAAAACAAUGUGUCCCGUUAUUUUGAUCGAAAGAAACAACAUGCAAGUUACAUUGUAGCAUCGGUUAUGAAAUUUCGUGUCGUAUUGAUGGAGAUUUUGCUGCAUUUUUUUCAGACAGAUGUGCUAAAGUUAAUAAUUCAUUUAUUGGCUUGAUCUGUACGCUACGUUUUCUAAACGUCCGAUCAAGGAAGGUAAGAACAUGGCGACCUACACAAACAGGAGUACAGAAACGGUUGGCGGUGCGUGACUCACACCGCUCCGUGUCAUCAAGACGGCGGGGGAAUUCUCCGCCAGAACCAACCAACAAAGAAGCCUUUAAGUAGACGCUUGGGCAGGAGGAAAAGUUCAGUAUGUCCAAGCACGUUCCGUUAGCGGGGGCCAAGAAAUCGCUGUCGUUGGAUAGUGGACUCGGUAGACAACCCAAUCGGCGAGAUGGCAGUAGCACCAGCGCGGUCGUAAACACGGAUGUAGAUAGGACAGUCUCUUUAGAUAGCACCCGCAAUAAAACGCCGCCUCGUGACCCACAUCACACACAUUGCAGUUUUCAGGUUGGACUAGCAGACGACAGUACAGACAGCAUGCCAGCAUCUUCAUCAUCGUCAUCAUUGAGCAACAUCAAUGAAUCCAUCACAAACCAGGAUGAGGUGGAUGGUCUUGGUAACAUUGCAGAAAUGAGUACGGUGAAGCUGCGGACUUCACUGGACUCCAUCCCAAGAGACAGGAGGAGUAAGAUGCUGGACACUCACCCAGUCAUCAUGAAGGGGAGGGAUAUGGGCGAUGGAGUUGGCGGGGUUGGAGGAGGAUGCGGAGGGGGAGGCACCAAAGCCGUCUUCAAGAUGAAAUACUUUGGCAAUGUGCAAUUGGACCGGCGCAUCACACAGCCCAUGCUGCCAUGGAUCUUGGCCGACAAGCAGCGCCGGGCGGGUACUGGGCAGAAUCUGAUCCUCCAAGUCUCCUCCAGGGGUGCGGUGGGCAUCUCGGAAAGCAAAGGCAACAUUGUCUUUGAGCACUUACCACAGAGCAUCACGCGGUUCUCCAGGGGCCAUGACAAGAAGUGCUUUGCGUAUCUCUGGAGGCCUGACAGCGAUUCAAAUUUCCACUGUUAUGUUUUUGAGACAUCCGACCAAGAAGUUGUUCAUCACAUUGCCAGCGCUGUGCGUGAUGCAUCCAAGGAGGCCAUGAAAUACGACAGCAUCAGCAAAGAUGAAAAAGCCGGAGUGGAGGCCAUCGAGAACCUGCGCAUCAACAACGCCACCAUGUUUGAGGUCCUCUACUGCGGCCGGGUGACUGUCACACACAAGCGCGCCCCACCAACCCUCAUCGACGAUACCAUUGAGAAGUUCAACGUGCACGAGAUGGAGAACAGCAAAAAGAAAUUGGCAAAUCGUAAACGCCACUAUUCCUUCGGAGAUCAGAAUGGACAGUCGGUGGGUGCCGACGCCACAAGGACAGCCAUUGAAUUGGACCGACUAAGCUCUGACACUGCAUCUUCUGUCAGUUCGGACUCACUCACUUCGUCCCCUCAUAAUGCGGCAGACACAGAUGGUGACACAACCAGCAAUGGCAGCCGGACCAGCCAGCAAGACCCACUGUCCCCCGUAGCCAGGGACAGGGUGUCCUCAGCAGGGGCGGCCAUGCUGAAACAUCGGACUUCGGGACACGGCGAUGCAUCAUCAACAACUUCAUCGACUGCCUCUGUAGCAUCAGCGACAGAGAUGAAUGGUCAGAGCGUGACGAGUGGCCAUAAUCGGACAAUGCUGUUCCAGAUUGGCAAGUCCAUGCUGACACUGAUCAGCCCGGACAAGAAAUCCUUCAUGCUGACCAAGAAGUUCAAUGACAUCUCAUUUUGCUCUCAGGGCAUCAAACAGCCCGAGUUCUUUGGCUUCAUUUGCCGUGAGAAGUCGUCUGCAUCCAGCUACAUGUGUUACGUCUUCAAGUGCCAGUCUGAACCAGUGGUUGACGGCAUCAUGACCACACUCAGGCAGUCAUUCAACGUAGCGUUACAGAAGAGCAAACUGCAUGUGAUAUGCGGAACGUGCCCAAUGCACCAACUGCACAAGCUGUGCCAGACCAUUGAAGGCCAUCCCCCGGAGAAGGCGCACACUCUUUUGCUUAAGCAGCUGGAGACGCUGAGUGAUUCUGAGCGCAUCUCCGUGGUUGCCAAAACAAAGGAAGCCAAGGCGUGCAGUGCUCAAGAAGCCAAUGAGAUUAUCAUGAGCCAGCUGAUAGCAAUCUGUGAGCAGCAGCAGACUGCACACACCCACAACAGUGAUGUAGAGGCAGGGGGAGGGGACAUCGCUACUUCAAGUCCCACGCAGGAACGGAAAUUGACCAGUAAGGGGUCAUUUACGGAACCCGUCGAGGGUAAAGUGGGGGCAUUCAAGAAGGCCAAGAAAUCCCUAGCGUCGUCAUUUGAGAACCUGCUGUCAAGAAAGAAAAAGAACUCGGUUGAGGAACAAGGCAGCUUUUCAAACUCAGGCUAUCGGAGUAGGCAAGGCACCAUGGACUCGGUCAAUAGCGAUUCAUCGCUCAGGGAUUCCCCCCGCGAUUCCCCCAUUCCCAUGACUGCCACCGCAAAUGCCCAGUCCCAGCCCGCCCCACCUGUCCAGAUCCUCACCUCCACUACCCCAUCCCCAUCAUCAAAUCCCCCCACCGUCGUGGACAUCCCCACCCCGCCCCCAAGCGAAGACCGCCCCCAACGUCAACCCACACGUCCCAGCCCCAUCUUCUGUAAACAGGACAGUUUGCCAGAGGCCAUGAUCUCGCCUGGUAUCCGGCCCCGCAGUAAGACACUUGGCGACACCCCCUCCCCAUCACCCAAGACCCCGCCCCCAGAUAGCCGCUUUCAGUACACGCCGACAGCCAAGCUUGCACUGCAGGCAUCCCAGUCACAGAAGCCACCUUCAAUGCAAAAGAUGCCUCUUGGAAGAACGACAAGUGCAUUCUAUGAUGACAGGCCGCGCACCCUGUCCCUCAGCCCGUUCAGUCCCCACCCUGGGGCUGCGAUAGGACGUCGGAUGUCCUGGCGACAACAGAUAUUCAACCGCGUUGUCACGCCCAUCGCUGAAUCAAAACAUGGACAAGGGGAGCUAACAGAAGAGGAAUCAGAAGACGUCUUUGAAGGGGAAGGGAUCCCAAAAAUCCGAGGUUUGGAGAGAAAGGAGAGUUUGACACGGGCCAGGCGGUUUACAUCCAAGGAGCAGAUCCGGGAUCUGUGGAAGAAAGCCAUCCGUGAGCAGAUCCUGCUGAUCCGCAUGGACAAGGAGAACAGGAAUUUACAAGCACGACAGGAUGCAGCCCAGGAGAAGCGCAUCAAGCUGGACUAUGAGGAGAUCACACCCUGCCUCAAGGAGGUGACGGUGACUUGGGAGAAGAUCCUGAGCCGACCCAACCGCAGCAGCAUCCGACUGAGCAAAGAGGACGUCAACGAUACCUUCAAACAAGGCAUUCCCAAGGGCAGGAGGGGCGAGAUCUGGCAGUUCAUCUGUGAGCAGCAGAAACUCAACGGCAGGGCCAAUGGAAAUAUCCCGAAAUACGAACCUUACAAGGAACUUCUGAAAGAGCUCACCAUACAUCAGCAUGCGAUCCUCAUAGAUUUAGGCCGGACGUUUCCGACCCAUCCGUACUUUGCCAACCCUCUCGGCCGCGGUCAGCUGUCCCUCUUUAACCUUCUCAAGGCCUACUCCUUAUUGGACACGGAUGUCGGCUACUGCCAGGGGCUCAGCUUUGUUGCAGGGGUCUUGCUGAUGCAUAUGGACGAGGAGCAGUCAUUUGAUAUGCUGGUGUUUCUCAUGUACUCUCUGGGCUUCCGUAGGCAGUACAAACCAGAUAUGAUUGCACUCCAGAUCCAGAUGUACCAGCUGUCUCGUCUCCUGCAUGAUUUCCACAAGCGUCUGUAUGACCACCUGGAGCAGAAUGAGAUCGGCCCCUCCCUCUAUGCCGCACCCUGGUUUCUCACCCUGUUUGCCUCCCAGUUUCCCCUGGGGUUUGUCGCCAAAGUGUUUGACCUGAUUUUCUUGCAGGGGUUUGAGGUCAUCUUCAAGGUAGCCCUGAUAGUGUUAGGCAGCCACGAGGAAUUGUUACUACACUGCGACGGUUUUGAGGCCAUUAUUGAGUUUUUGAAAGACACUCUGCCUACGCUGGGCAUCAUCCAGAUGGAGAACGUGAUCAAUAAGGCCUACCAGUUGGACAUCUCCAAGGAGCUUCACGCCUACGAGGUGGAGUACCACAUGCUGCAGGAGGAAAUGGCGCCCUCGCCUGUCCACCAGCGGGCGCAGCAGCCAGCGACCGACGUACAUAAGCUGGAGACGGCCAAUCGCAACCUGCGACGACACAACAGCGAGCUGGUGGAGCAACUACAGGGGGCACACAACACGAUUCACAGCCAGGAGGCAAUGAUACACAACCUGAGGAAAAAUGAGGACAAAUUGAAAUCGGAGGUCCGGACUAUUAACCUGGAGCGGUCUGCCCUGCUCAACACGGUAGCAAAGCUGCGAAGUCUCCUGCCUAAGGACAUCCUACUAGAAGACGCAGGCAUCAACUUCACCUCCUCCACCUCCUCCAUCCUCUCAGGUAGCUCCUUCGAGGAUAAAGACGUGUCUCCCGUCGACCAGAAAGCUGACAGUGGCACGGGGAAUCUCUCUGGAUCCCAGACCUGCUCCCUGGAUGACUUGGACACGGAGGUGGCGGCCAUUACGACCCCAAAGGGAGUCUGGGGUCGUAACCAUAGCAACGGAAGCUCUGGGAGUGAGAUCAGUACCAGUGCCAGUAGUGAGUUGGACUGACCAAGCUAUGACCAGUCACACUCGGGUUCAAAUUGAUUGCACCCACACCCUGACCCCCAAAAAUAACUUUUUUCUUCAAAGACAACAAAUCAGGAGGGAUUCAGUUUGCAUUGUCAGCCUUCAAAAUGUCACUAGUGUUAGUGAAAUACAUUACUGUUUGUGUUACUUUCAAUUUUAUGAAUUGGCUUUGGGCCAAGUGGAAUGCCUGAGUUCCUUUAUCAGGUCUUGUAGCUGAGUACAUCUUUUAAGUCAAGUCUCUAGUCCAAUCGCAUAACAAAGAAAUUAUUUCAAUCGCUUUGUAUUUAAACAAAAUUGAAAAGGACUUUCACAUUGCAACAGUAUAUUUAUCGUGGCGUGCAGAAACAGUUUUUAUUAAUUAAAAUGUUUUCUGGCAGUUUUAAUGACAUAACCAUGUUGCAAUGAUCGUAUUGUUCCGUGCGAAUAUAUAGUCAUAUUCUCAGUUGGUGUUAGCUUGUAGAUGACAAAAAUCAUUGCACUGUGUAGAUGAUGUCAUGCCAACAUAUUGCGUUGUUAUAUCGUGUGCUUGGAUACUGUAAUUUCAUUGGGCGAGAAUGACCAUGUGUCCAGUCUGUAAAUAUGCGCAUACAUUGAUUAACCAUAACCGAACUCAACCCAUCAAAGUUCAACAGCAGGUUUUGUUUAAAUCUGUUGGGAUAGGUACAGUACCCCUAAACUGAUGGUCUUUUACACAGAGUAAAUUCAUGUACUUGUUGGAUAUUCAUAUACUUGUUUUGCAUGAAACCUCACCUGUACUUUCCUUACAUUGGUGUUUAUUUAUUGCUGUCAAAAGAUUGCUACAGAGAUAAAUUCCAUUGGAAAGAGCUUCCAAAUAAGGAUAGCCCUUUACAAGUUCAUAAUGGGGAACUUUUAUUUUAUUUUCAUAUAUUGAAUUUUGGGGGGGUUAUUUCCUACUGCCAAUAAAAAGUUGUGGAAAAAGUAUGAAACAAUAACUUAAAAUGGUGAUGUAAAAAAUUAAUAACUUGUACAUCGGUGUUUGUAUAAAUUGUACAGUAACAGAGAUAAAUAUGAGUAAAUAUUGGUAAAUAAACAUAAAAUGAAGUUCAUCGCUUGCCAAAUUUUGUUUGUAUCAUGUGUAAUUUUUUCUGCAAUGCAUAAUCAAAGAUAGAUAGAAAUAUUUGGGUCAUAUAGAGUAUCCAAUGUGGAGAUUCGUACUAAAUUUAAAUGCAACAGCAUUAGAGGUUUUUGCUGCCAUGGAAGAUCUUGGCCAAACCCAAACUUGUGUUACUUUUUUUUUCUUAAUUUGUGUAAAAAAAUGUUGAUUUUUCCAAUGGAAAACUUUUCCAAUUAUGUGGGGAAUUCCAGGGGGAAAGUUUGGGAAAUAUAAUUUCAUGGUUGAAAACUUCCAGCGUGUACAUUGAAAUCACUAUUACUUAAAAAGUUGAGUAUUUUUAAUCAAAGUAAAUCAGUUCACUGCAUGCAAUAUAUAAUAAAAAAUUAUUCCAAAUGUCCAAGUUGUUUAAAGUCUAUGUUUAAAAAGUUUUUUUAGAGAAUGAGCAAGUAUUUUUUUGUAGUUGUCAGUACUUAAAAGGUUUGAAAGUCCAAAGAAAGACAAAAGAAAAACUGUGAUGCCAUAACUUUGUGGAUUUCUGCAUGUAAUUGGUACAUUAGAAACGUUACUGAAAAUAAGUUUGUUAAAAAUGUAGCAAUCAGUUGUAUAUGUUGUUCCAAGUUAUCCAAUUCGGGGUUUUUUUUUGGUAAUUUUUUUAUUUAUUAUUUUUUUGGCCAUAGACCAUAAUGUUGAUUAUAGCCAAAUAGCCAUUGUUUCUUAUUAAUGAUGAGUUAAAAAAAAAUACAUACCUUUAAACUGCCAAAGUAAGAUGAGUAAAACAGUCAUCACAAUACCAGCUUUUGUUUUGUUGUGUUAUUGGGUUGUUUGUUUGCCUGUUUGUUGGGUUGUUUGUUUGUUUCCAAGGCCUUAUAACAUGCAUGCAUGAAUCAGUUGUCGUCGUAUAAUUUGAUGUCCUUGUUACAUCUCAACGAACGGAAGUUAUUUAUUCAGGUCAUGAUUUUCUAUUCUGUUUUGCAUUAUAAUUUGUGCUAAAAAUUAUGGCUGGAUCCAUAUCAAUAUUGUAUUGUUUAAGUUCAGGAAAUUUGUUGUAUAGAAUUGGACCACAGUUAAUUUAAAUAAGCUUUACAAUGUACUGAUUGUACUCAACUAAGAUGUAACCAUUUAUGUAGAUUUUUGGUUGGGUAUUUUAAAAGUUACUUUUAAGUUGAUGUAAUGUGAUUCGAGGAAUGUACAUUUGAAUGGACACAGAAAAUACACAUUUUUUUAAUUUGAUUUUUAUUGUUCGAAAGAAGAAAAAAAUUAAGAUUUCAACUGAGUUAAUUUAGUUGUGUAGUAUGCACACAUGCACUGAUUUCAAAACAGUAAGCAAGUUAGAGAGAAAAAAUGUAAACCAAUCAUUUAAUAACAAUGCAAUCUUUCAGACUUUAAGGAGUGUUUGAAGUGUUUUUAUAUUAUUUUCUUUGAUCCGAAUUGGUACAUUCCAAAAAAAUGGUUCGCGUAAUUAUUCCCUUUCUCUCACUGUUUGUAAACAAUGUAAAUGAGUGGUUUAUCGCUCCUGUUAAUUUCAAGGGGAACAAAUAUUCAUCUAGUCAAUAUAUACCCUCCUUAAUGUUCUUAAACUGUAAUAAAAUACAGACUUAUUUACAAAUGAGAUCCUUCUACAAAAUCAAACUGGUUGUAAGUUACGUAAUAUGAAUGACUUUUAAGUUGUUUUUGAAGCAUUGUAAGAAAACAGUUACAGAAUACAAGGCAGGCCCGGUAAAGCAGGUCCCAGAGUGCACACAAUCCUAUUCCAUUGAUUCAGAAUGGUUAUUCACUGGAAGUCUUCUGUUGCAUAUGGUGUACACAGUGGUUGAGAUUUAGCCCAUUACGGGUAAUCCUAUACAAUAGCACUGCCCGGCUCUCUUCACCGACCUAGUAGGCUAAGUGCACAAAGAGGACAGGCUGUAGGCUGGCCCUCUGGGACCAGCAGGCAUAUUUUUCAAGUACUUUUGUCUCCAAAACUGUAUUUUUUUACACAGUUGUGACAGUGAAAAGUCUUACAUUUAUGUUGUUUUCUAUAACACAAUUCGAACAUUUACUGUCCAUUGCCAGUGUUUUCAAGCUUUUCAGUCGCCUCCAGUAAAGUGAUGAUGAAAGUCUUAUUGUUACUUUGCCGAUCUUCAAGAAAUUAUUUUUUGCAAAUUCAUGAUCGUUGGUUAUUUAGGGGUACCUCGAGAUAUCCCGAAGUAUUAAGCUGGAGACAAACUGAAAUAAAAAUCACACAUGUAACAUGAAUUUGAAAUUGUUUUGGUGCCAAGACUGCCACAACUAUUCCAUCAUAGCAUCACUAAAAACAGCAACAAAAUUGUUCAGUGUAUUUUUCUUCCUUUGUCUAGAAACAUUCCAAGAAAAUCUCUACUGCUUUAAAUGUGCCAAAGUGUAUAGUGGGCAUUCCAUAUAAAAUUGUUUAAAUGUGUAAGAAAUAAAUGCACGUUUCAAAUUGAAAUAAAAGGAAAUGUACAUGUUGAAACCAAUUAGCAGAAUAAACUAUAAAGAUGCUGUAUAUGGUA